CGGACGGCGGCGGGAUCGCAGGCCCCGCCAGGCCCACCAGCUGGGGGAGGACAAGGGGCGCUGCGGUCAGUGCCGCCGCCGGGCUGAUGUCCCAGAGUGUGCCGUUUUAGCCGAGAAGCAUGGAGGUGAUCCACAGGAGACCGCACUGCUGCAGGGAGCUGGAGGGAGCCGAUGCGUUGUCCAACAGCUUUUACUCGAAUCAAGUGCACACCCCUUACCAAACAACUACUCGCCCAACCGCAUGCCACGACAGGUAUCAGGAGCUAAGGGACUUGCACCAUCGAUGUAAACACCCGUGGGGUAAUGAAAAGGAAUAUGGUAGGCUAAUACCCAUUUCACUCCCUGAAGACCGCAAGUCAAAAUAUAUCCCCCACUAUAUCAAGGGACACCAGCAUUUUGGAUACGGCGGGGACAACUGGCAAAGAAAGCAUCCUCUUGAUCAAUGCUAUUAUGUGACAAAGAACAAAAAGAGUGAUGCCUUUGAAAAUGACUCUUUGUUGCCCAAACCACCUAAUUCAACAGUAGAAGAAAUAAGCUCCCCGUAUCCGAUGGAACACCCCUACCACACCCACAUCUCCCGGGGGGCCAUGUUCCCGACCUUUACGUCUCCUAAGGACCACUACACUGGCCUGAAAGCCCGGAGUCGGCUGCCGUUUCCUCCUACUAUUCCAACCAAGCACUACGACGCCACGAAGAUCAUGAAGACACGAGGUAAUCCUUACAGAUAUGAACAGAUUGAGUAUCCUAUGGAUUCGAAGAAGAGAGCUUUGACGUGGCCAGGUCAGAAUGCCUAUUACGAUCUUCCUAAAUGUGCAAUGAAAAGCAAGCCAGUGUUCUACCCCAAACCUCCUAAAACCUUCGCUCCUAAUUCAACUUUAAAUUCAUGGGACCCAGUUAACUCUGCAAAAGAAGCCAACAUACAAAGGAAUAUUGAGAAGUCUCACUGGAUCUCUUCACACAAUCAUGAUUAUACAGGUCUGGGGCCCAUGAACCCUCUUGAAAUGGAUGAUUACCAGGACAAGACAGCAGCAGAGUUAACUGGACAGACAGGAUUUGACCCAGAACCUCAAGAAAAAUUUCAUUCGGUCAUAAAACCUGCUCGGCCCUUGGAAGGACGAAUUGCCCGACUGAUGCAAAACCGACGUUGCCGUGAUCCAGCCGCUGCCCAUCAAAAACUGCCUCCCUGUCCAGACUGUACCCCUAAAGUUCCAUGCACCUUCCACACCUUUAUACCCCGUUCUGCAGAACUGAUGGCCUUUCAGAACAGCAUACCACUGGGCAUGAUCCAGAAAAACCCGGAUGUUGAAGACAAGCUAAAGGAAGAACGAAACCUGCUCUCUCCCUAUACCCGUCUACCUUCCUACACAGUCAAAGAUGUGAGUAGAACCGGCGGCAUAAAAAAAUUCCCCAAAAUCACUGAUACUAAAAAGAUGGAAGAUUUGUACUGGAGGCAGGCCUUACUCAGACCCCAAGCUGUGUCCUACGGUAACCCUGACCUGAAUUACAUUCCUUACGACCAUUUAAAAUCCUCCUUACGUGACCAGUUUUCUCCGUGUCAAAAUGCUGCUGCUAGCACCAGUAAGUCUAGUAUUUCACAGAAUAAACUAGACUUAGACUCUUUCAACUUGGAGAAGUAUUUAAAUAAGUCAGAAGAUCCACUGAACACGAACAUGGAAAACUGCGAAGAAACAGGAAGUUUUGUGGGUUGGAUUCCGAGGGCAAGAGACUCCAAGCCACAUAGGGACCUGCUGGAGCUUAAGAACUCUUUUUCAAAAUCCAGUGCACAUAAACAGUUCCAUAAAUCUUACCUACAAGAUCACAAGGACCUCAGGGACAAGGACCGUUCUGGCAUGAGACACCAAUUCUACGGGCAUAAUUCUCAUUAUUUCUAUAAUUGA